AUGAGUCAGGUGUUGAAGAAGAAGGUCAGGUCGAUUGUAUCGGCUGAUCGACGAAGACACAGAGAUGAUGGUAUCGAUCUAGAUCUCUCAUAUAUAACAAAUAAUAUAAUAGCAAUGAGUUUCCCAAGCUCUGGAUUGGAGAGUACAUGGAGGAAUUCGAUCAAUGAUGUUUGUAGAUUGCUGACGAAUAAGCAUAAUGGAAAGUUUAUGAUUUGGAACCUUUGCGAGCGUGGCUAUGAUUAUGCCAAGUUCAAUAAUCAGAUAUUGGACUUCCCCUUUGCAGAUCAUCACGCUCCAUCACUAAACUUGUUGUUUGAAAUCGUCAACUCACUCGAUAAUUGGCUGAGAGCCGACCCAGAGAACGUGGCCGUCGUGCACUGCAAGGGUGGCAAGGGCCGCACGGGCACAAUCAUCUGCUGCUAUCUCUACUACUGCAGCCACUUUGACACGAUGGAGCAGUGUCUCAAGCACUUUGCCGAGCGACGCAGCACCAAGCACAAGGGCGUCACGCAGCCCUCGCAGCAGCGCUACAUCAACUACUUCAAACAGAUCGUCACUGGCAACUUUAUGAUCGAGGUGUUCUCCAUGAACCUCGUCUCCAUCGACCUUGGCACAAUGACGCGAGAGAAGGCCAACUCCAUCUCCCUCGAGAUAUACGAGCACGAGAAGGAGUCCAACCUCCUAUUCGCAAGUUCACCAUCAUCAUUACAGGUCGCUGCUGUCAACGCCGCACAGAACAAGUAUAAGGUUAACAUUGUGAUUGGCAAGCGAUUCAUUAAGGACCUCGUGGUCAGAGUGUACCAGGGCUCAGGCUCAUCAAGGAAACAGAUAUUUCACUUCAUCUUCAACAUAUCAUUCAUCAACUUGGAACAGAACAAAGUAGUCUUCUUCAAGAAGGACUUGGACCAUUUCAAGAAGUCUGACAAGUUCGACGAUGACUUCUACAUCGAGUGUAUAUUUCAGAACGACUGUACUACACUGCCCGAUCAUUCAUUUCAGAUUUGGAACAUUAUGGCGGUGAAGUACCAACAGACCAAGGCAAAGAAGGAUCUGACAUUGGCACUGCCUGCUGGUGCUGGACAUGGUCAUCACAAUCAAAACAAUCAUCAUAUUACAUCGACACAAACGACUACACAUACGCAACCAUCACCAUUUACACAUUUACCAGCGAUCACCAGUUCACUACCGAUAGAGAACAGACUCAAAUCAUCAACUGUAUCAUCAUCAUCAUCAUUCAUUGGACCAUCCAGCAGUCAUUCCAAAAAUAUACUACAUCCGCGCACUCAUUCCACGCUGGAAGGAGUCCACAACCUCAGCAGUAGUUAUAGUGGUAGUAGUAGUCCAACAACAAGUAUAUCAUAUAGAGAUUGCAAGAUGAUGGAGGUUAGCGAUUUAAAGAAGAAGUUGCUCACAAUCGAUAUUGCCGUGGACAACAAUAAUAAGAGCAAUCCCAUCUCCAUCACCGACGAGAAGCCACCAGGACGACACACACUGCCAGGCAGUUGGACACCACCGCGACCACCUUCAAGGAGUCGCAUCUUUGCUCAGUUCUCUGGACAUCGAGGAAGUGGUGGCGGCCUUAACAAGAGUGAUGGACUGAUACCCCCGCCAACAUUCAGCAAUCACAGAUCAACACCGCCAGACGAGGCAGCAAUAGACGAUUAUCAAUCAAUCAAAGUACACGACACUGCCAGCCACAGCACGACCUCCACCACAAUGACGUCGUUGGUUGUCAGUGCCAACGUCAAGGGUGGGCCUGCAUCCGCCACACCAUGA